UAGGCUCGAAUCUUUGAUAACCCUGUUAAUUAUCGACAGCCCCCGUGGUGUGUUUUCCCUUGCGAUUACGUAUACAGUGAUUGAAUGUCGUGUGUAACGUGUGCAAACAAAGUAAUGACACUAUAAUAGGUAAUUGUAGGUGAGUACGUGGUCCAAAGGACAGCGUAACGAUUAUUUGACGACCUUCGCGCCUAUUCUCUCAUGUUUGAGAUUAUACAAACACGAAAACACAACUUUCGAUGCUCCUCCUUUUUAGAAUCGUCCGAUUUUGGGCUCGCUCGUUGCGCACAUUGACUCACGAACUGAUUAGAUUAUGCGCUAUCAAUGCGGUAAUGUGUUUUACGGAAUGAAAUCGCCGAACGCUAGAAUAGGUGUCCAAGAUGCUGAGGCCCUCCCUAACCUUCCAGAGGAUCGUGGUUUGCGUUCUGGUCUUCUUGCUGGUUUACUGCAUCGUGAUGGACGGGUUCUUUUACAACCGCAUCCUGAAGUACCCGAGAAGCUACGAGGAGGCGGCGAAGUUUAACACGACCUGGAUCGGAUGUGAUCUAUCGCCUUUCUGCGAGGUGACCUGUAAGGGGAUGCUGGUGGAUCAUUUCGAUCUGUACAUCUUCGGGCCGUUAGCCGUAGUAUUCGAUAAGACCUUCAACAUCACCGAAACGUUGUGGAUUACGCCUAACAUGAUAAGCUUUUUCCACAUCUUCGUCGCGAUUGUCAGCGCGAAGUGUGUGUCGAGUGACAGUUUGGGGUACCGAAGGGUGGGCGUCCUUCUGUUCCAAUUUCGGACCAUGCUGGACGACCUGGAUGGGCACGUCGCGCGCGCACGGAAGCACAUCAAAGGCGAAAAGUCUGAAGUCGGCACCGCCGGUUAUUACAUCGACGGUUUGUGCGACGGCCUCGGUUGCAUUGCCCUGCUGGUGGGGUGCUUCCUGUUUUUGCAGAACAAUCCUCCACGCCGCGGGUACCUGCAACUUCCUCUGCAACAGAUCGAUACCAAGGAGAGUGAUGAUAAGCCGUUCCGAAUCAACUCGCCCUUGAAGGAGGUCUUCAAGGUGUUACUGUUGUUUAGUGUGCAAGUACUUAUCGCAUCGGCCAUGUGGAACCGCUACGUGGCUGCCUAUCAGGAUAUAUUGGAAGGUGGACAUCCCUCCCAGGAGCAAAUGGUCCUUCAAGAGGGAGUGAUCAAAUCAUUCUUCUUCUUGAGCACCACGUGGGUUUGGCGUUUGCUUAACUUCCAAAGUAUUAUCAACUUGCUGCUUCUGGCCAUCUUCUGUAAUAAACUGUGGGAAUUCUUGUACGCCAUCUCGUACGUAGGCUACCUCAUACUGCUUAUUGCCAUAUGUGCAAGUGAAAUACAGCUUGCUCACACCAAAAGUAUACUUCACAUAACAUAAUAACUAUUUUUGAUAAUAUAUUAUUUAUUUUUGCAGAA